CCUGGGCAUUCAGAAGUAUAAUUUUGUUUCAGUGUUUGAAAAUAUUUUAGGAGUGAUCGAAACCUCAUAGCAAUAUUUCAGUUAAAAUUUGAGUGAAACCAAGAUGAUUACAAUACUUUUUGUUGCAUCUACUCUCGCCUUUGCCGAUGCAAGGGUAGUGCCAGCCGCAGUCAGUCCAAAAGCCUCAUUGGAGAGUGUCGAUCGAUCGUUGAAUGAACUCAAAAUCAUAGAGAUGGGUCGGCAAGAAGCACUAAAGAAAGCCCUCGGAAAUCCCAAACUCAAGGCGGAUUACAUGAUCGAAUUUCUGUCUGUUCUUUCGAUGAUGGAUUCUCUUUUCACGGAGCACCGCAAGUACUACGAUGCAAUGAACAAAUUGAUACACUCCGAUGCAAAAUCGACGGCUGCGCAAGAGGCUUUGGCAACUAUCAAGAGCUCCAGGGAACGGUCCAUCAAACUGAAUGAGGCCAUAGACGCAAGUAGUGGAAAGCUCAAUUUACCCAGUACGAGCAUGGACAGUCAACUGAGGGACUUACAAAAUCUAUAUGAAAAGACUCUGGAGAAAGGCGAUGAAAUUGAAGCAGAGCUUCACAUUGCUUUUGAUAAAUCUCCCCUUAAGAAACUUAUGAAGAAAAUGCCAGACAUAUCCGACGAAUCCUAAGCUUGAAAAACAGAACCCAAAUACCAAAAGAGAUGUUCUAGAAGGGUGCAUCAACAUUAUAGUUUGUGGUAUACUUGGAGAUAAAGGUGGUAAAAAAGUGCUGAGCUCACCCUAUUUUGCCGGGGAAACAAGGCAGAAAAGUUGAACAAAUUCAAUUGAAGUCAACAAUUUUUGAGCUCUAUUGAGUAUCAGUACUAGACUUACAGGGGGGAGUGCUAAGCUCAAGCAGAUGCCGUCUUGGGUUUUGCGGGAUGCUAUAAGCUGGGCUCGCUGAUGAGUGUCAUCUACUGAUGAGAUCUAAAAAGAUCCAAAAUGUUAUAGAUCUCUCGGUGUGACCUCAAAAUAACGUAACGUUCCAAUGCAAUUGCCCGAGCUAAACACUCUUUCCCCUCAGUCUUAUGCUAAUACUCAUUGGAGCUCAAAAGUUUUUGACUCUAAUUGAAACUUUUGAACUUUAUUGCUUUGUUUUCCCCGCAAAAGUAUGGGCCCAUCACUAUUUCAGCACCUUGUUACCUACAAUUUGGGCCACUUUUUUAAUGUUUUUUCUUUAAGAUAAAUAUAGAUUGUGAUUGGAAAAUGGGGGACAUUUAAUGGUCUCACAGAACCAGUAGAGAGAGGGAGAGAGAAAGAGAGAGAGAGGGUAAUCUAGAUUCUCUUAUCAGACGUUUCCAAAUUUUAACGUCAUAAGUGAAAAGUCUGUAUCUGCAAAAUAAUUAAUUUUGGAACAUAAUAAAAGUAUCAAAAGAAGAACAAUAAAAAGAAGAA